AUGGCAGAAGAAAAGAAAGGAAGGGAAACAAAGGACGAGAAAGAGAAGGUGGGGGCGGAGAAGGCACCUGGGCAGGAGAAAGUUCCUUUUCUAUCAGAGAAAAAAUUAGGUGAAGUCUCAGAUGAUAAACAGUUGAGAACGUCUUCUUUCUCUGCCCCUUUCUUACCAGUCUCAACCUCACCCUCAACCACUUCCAGAAUUUCACCUUUACCUUUACCCAAAUCUUUAGAACAUGCCACUAUCCCCAAAAGGUCCAAAAGGGAUUCUUUCCUUCGGAGAUCCAUAAGGACAAUUAAUACUGGUUCCAAUUUUAUCAGUAAAGACAACUUCGUUGGAAAGACUGUUGAUUUUGAUGAGGAAGAAGAAUUAGAAAAAAGCCAUUUUAAGAGAGCUAUAUCCUCUGUUGUGAUGUCCCUCACUUUCAGGUUUUUUAGUAUCUUAUUGAUCUUCAUUCAUAUUGGAGUACUGAUUGCGGCUUUAGCCCUGACUCCUAAGGGUACGAAGUUACCUUUAGCCUAUCGUAUACUUUUUUUAGUUUUUGGCCUCUUCUUCCUUGCUGAUGUGCUAUUUCAAGUCUUUUUAGAAGGAGUGAGAACGUAUUUUUCUUCAAAAAUCAAUACGAUAGAUCUUUUUUCUAUUCUGUUGGUCCUGGUGUUGGAUAUGACUUAUAUUUCUUUUGAUAUUGGAAAAGUUUCCCUUAUCCCCAAGUUGACAUUUGUCCUAAAAGCUUUAAGACUUUUUGUCCUAGUAAAAGUAUUUCAGCUGGCCAGUGAGAAAAGAAAGAUUGAAAAAGCAGCUAGAAAGUUGGUUUCAGAAAACAAAAGACGUUACAAGAAAGAUGGAUUUGACCUAGACCUCACUUAUGUGACUGAUAAUGUUAUUGCCAUGUCCUUCCCAUCAUCUGGAAGUCGUUCACUCUAUAGAAACCCCAUUAAGGAAGUCGUGAGAUUCCUGGAUAUGAAACAUCCAGAUUGCUACAAGAUCUACAACUUAUGCAGUGAGAGAAGCUAUAAUCAUUCAUACUUCCAUAACAGGGUAGAAAGAUUCCCUAUUGAUGAUCACAAUGUUCCCACCGUAAUUGAAAUGCUGAAAUUUGUGGACAGUGUAUUUGAAUGGAUGGAGAAGGAUCCAAAAAAUAUCAUAGUAGUUCACUGUAUGGGAGGCAAAGGUAGGACUGGAACUAUGAUCUGUAUUUGGCUUAUUGCUAGUGAACGUUUUGAUACUGCAAAGGAGAGCCUGGAAUAUUUUGGAAAGAGAAGAACAGAUACAGCUACUAGUACCAAAUUUCAGGGAGUAGAAACUCCUUCACAGAGCAGAUAUGUUGAAUAUUUUGCCCUGAUAAAGAAUAAAUACCAUUGGGCUAUCCCUCAAAAUAAAAUAUUCAAGAUAAAAUCCAUCACUAUUUAUUCAAUUCGAGGGGUUGGAAAAGGUAAUGGAAAGGAUCUGAAAAUAAUAAUAAUGAUGAAUAAGAAGACUGUUUACACCUGUUUGUGUUCAUCUUCAAAGAAUUGUGAGGUAUCUUUUGAUGAUGACAAGAAUUCUGUAAAUAUCCGACUAAAUAACUGUCCAGACAUCUCUGGUGAUGUGAAAAUAAAGUUUUUCUACAAUUCUGCCCUUCCUAACCUAUAUGAGAAGUGUCCAUUUUUCUUUUGGUUCAAUACAGCUUUUAUAGAAAACAACAGGCUCUAUCUUCACAGAAAUGAAUUGGAUAAUCCCCAUAAACCAAAAACAUGGCAUGUUUACCGUGAAGAUUUUGCAGUGGAAUUACUGUUUCUGAAGACAUGA